AGCGUCCGGUCGGGAACUGGAUUUUGUUAGACGCUCCCAGGUGGCCCUUAGACAAGCCACAUGCCAUGGCCAAAGCGAAACAGUGGUGCAGGACAGAAAUCUCUAGACUGACGAGGCUCAUAGUUUUUCUUCCAUUUCUGGGUCUUUUCAGGUUCUCUUCACAGGCCUUCCAGGCCUUCACACCAAGACAGAUCGGUUGCUCCCUCCGGCGCGCGCCAACGCGCAGCGCAAGACUAGCUGGUCGGCCCUCACAACUGUACAAGCAGCACAGUGAGGAUUUUCUGGCAACCGAAGGGGAAAGGAUCUACAGUGAUGUGGAUGCUGCAUCUGUCAAGGUUUCAAGAGAAGAGGAUGGCUAUGCCUUUGAUGAGUCGGUCUUCAGCGAUGAGGAUAAGCCAGAAGACAUUGGACCUGUUCAUUACUAUGGCGUCACCGAUGCAGGUGGCAUCCCCAUUCUCAUCACACCAGGCGAGGCCGAGAUGGCCGAGGCAGAUCGGCUCUACCCAGGCGAUGUGGUGGCUGCACAGGUGCCUCCCAAUGGCACGGUGGCGCGCUUGCUGGAUGGCCGUGGAUGGCUGGACUUGGAGCAGUUGGGUGAAACCUUUGAAGAGGUUCAACCUUGGGCUGCCAAGAUCAUGAAAAAGCCGGGCAUCACCAAAGCCGACGCUGCGUCACUGGGAUAUCUGUCACUGGAUGAUUCAAAGCUCACCCCGUUGGCGCAGCAUUUGCCGCUUCCCAAUCGGGUGGUGUCGCAGUUGUACAAACGUGGGGUAAAGAAGGCAUCCCCCAUCCAGGAAGCAGUGUUUUCAGACAUCUAUCGUGGCAAGAGCUUAUGUUUGCAAAGCCAGACUGGAACUGGAAAGACCUUAGCCAUGGUACUUCCUUUGCUGACCGCCAUGUCGGAAGAAUCGCAGUGGGGUCGAGAUGGAGACAAGAUUGUGGUCAUUACAUCCUGCCGAGAAUUAGCUGUGCAACUCUUUUCCGACAUCGACAGCAUGGGAUUUUUCCCUAAGGGCCAGGGCUUCGCAACGAUGGUGAUUGUGGGCAACGUUCCCCCAUCCGAAGCCGUGCUGAACGCCAACGUCAUCAUUGGCACACCCAAUGAGUUGGGUGGACUGCUGCACAAGGAUAAUGAGAUUGUAAGGCAGAUGAAUACCAAGUUAAGAGGCAUCAUCCUGGAUGAGGUCGAUGAAUAUACCACAGCUCCAAGGUUGUUUGCCUCCAAAUGGGCUAUUAAGAAGAAGCGAAGGAUCUACAACGAGAAGAAAGCGGUCUUGUCGGGGAGGCUAGGUGACUUCAACACAGGAGUUAUUGAAUGGUUCCUCAAGAGAUCCUUGGCCUAUUCCAGACGCCGUGACUUACAAGUCCUCGCAGCUUCGGCCACCAUGAACCGGGACAUGGCUCGAAAGGUGCACCGCUUGCUGCGCUGGGAUCCCUUGGGACGGUGGUAUCAGAAUCCGCCCCCCUUGAUGCGGCCCCUGGCCAUGAUGAAGGCUGAAUGGCAAGCCGUGCCGCUGAUGCCAACAGUGCCACUGGAUCUGAAGCAUCGCUAUAUUCCAGUGAUUCCAGGUAGGACUGACACCCGGAUCAGCGAGAAGCAUUGGAUGCGCAAGCCCUACGACCAGGGUGGCCUGCCGAGAUUGAAAGUUAGAGGCAUCAAUCAGCGGCGAGGGAUGGGGCAGCGCCCCAUGUCGUUGCCAAAGGCCAACGCCAUUCUGGAUAGUCUGCAUGAUGCCUUGAAAUCCCGGCAGCAGGGCAGUGGAUCUUCCCUGGUGAUCAUUUGCCGUAGCGUGGGGUUGACCGUUCGAGAGGCACUGCAGAACCUGCACGGCUGGGGCUUUCAUGAGGCGGAAGCCAUCCAUGAGGCCCUGUGGACAGAUCCGGAGGAUUGGCCAAGUCGCUGGGCCAUGAAGUACACCUAUGAUCAACAGGAUCAUGCCUCCGAAAUUGCCGAAAAACAUCAGCAGUUGAACCAAAGGACCAGGAAUGGCCAACCUUUGGAAUAUCCCGUUGGGAGCAAUGAGUGGAGAGAACUGGAAGCUCGCAAGGAGCAAGGUGAGUCAGUAGCUCCAGUGCUUAUUGGUUUUGAAGGCCUUGGAAGAGGCAUCCAUUUUGAUGGAGUUGACACCGUCUACAUCCUAGGCUUGCCGCAGAAGCCCAAGGCAUACCUCCACUAUGCUGGAAGGGUGGGCAGGUUGGGUCAGAAGGCUGGAAAGGUGGUUUCCAUCAUCCCUGCAGCAGGUGAAAACGUGCUGAAUGGUUGGUCCAGCAAGAUCGGUCCUGGCGUCCAGUUCCGGGAGGAAAAGAUCCAGCGGAUCCUUAGCUCCAGGGUGUCGAGGGAGAAGUCCUAUCGAUUGCCAUUGGAAACGCGGAGAAGUUUGCAGAAGGAGGAAACUGAGGCUGACGAAAAAGAACCGCUCUUACUACCUGAGCCUGAGGAUCCUUUCAGACUUCCCAGCUUGGAUGAUGAGGAUGAGGAGGAUGUCUUCGAAGACUUCGAGCCUGAGCCUGUUCAAAUUCCCGAGAAGGUCAGGGAAGCGAUGCGCAACCGCGGCAGCAGCGGAGAGGUGGUGGUGAAGAAAAUGGCACAAGAGAUGCAGAGAGCAACAUCUAGAUGGCCGGGUCCACAGGCUGUACCUCGCUAUGUAAGCCGCAAAGAAAUCGUGAAGCAGGAGAAGGCUGAAAAGGCCAAGGCAAAGUCCAAAGGAAAGGCAUGAGAUCCAAUGGCAGUCUCACCAAAAAAUUGA